AUGCCCGAGAUCUCCUUCGUUACCACCACGGCGGCCAUCGCCAAGGAUCGUUAUGGCCGCCGGGGCUCUGCUCCUGCCCCACGCCACGAGCGUAGCCUCAUGUCUGCAGGAGAUGAGGUCCCUGAUGUGUCAGUUCUGUCGAGUCUAUGGGAUGCCCUUGGUGCCCGUGGUCUCGAUGCUAAUGUCGAGUACAGGUAUGAGGCGAUCCUGCUCGCUCCUGGCGAGAACAAGAUCGACGUCGAGGUCGACACUCGCCUUCCUUCGGCUGCGAUCUUCACUUUCCACAAGGAGGAUCACACCCUCGGCAACAUGCUGCGCACUCGCUUGCUCAAGACCCAGCAUGUCAUUUUUGCCGCCUACAAGGUCCCCCACCCUCUGACUCCCAACUUCUUAUUGCGUGUUCAGACCGAUGGUGAAGUCACUCCUCGCCAGGCUGUUAUCAACGCCUGCCAUGCUCUGAUCAAGGACUUGGGUAUCCUUUCUCGCGAGUUUACCAAGGAGUUUGAGCUUCGCAAGAUGGCCAACGCCGCCAACCAGCAGCAGCAGGGCGCCGAGUAA